AUGGGUAAAGAUACUAAUAAGCCAGUAGUAACAAAACUACCGUUGGAUAAAGCCUUAUUGUUAAUUAACAAGAAGAUUACUACGGUUCCAUUUUACAAUAAAGUUCAUAUCAUCAAAUCAGAAUCUCAAAAUGACGACAAUAACAGCAGUAAUGAUAGGAUACCUUUUGAUUCGUUAAAUACUAGGACAACUUUGAUUUCCAAUUGUGCUAACUUAUAUCAAAUCAUUUUAAACGAAUAUACCAACAGGUUCAACAGUAAUAAUAAUACUGAGGAUAGCCAAAAUAACAAAGGUGGAACACAUAUCGAAGCCAUACCGAUGGAAAAUAUCCCCAAUGGAGAAUAUCACGGGAAUAAAUUGACAUUUAACGCUAAUAAUGGAAUAAUCGAAUUAUGGAUUAAUAAUAAUUCGUUUAUGAAAAUCCCCAAUUUGAAAAAUAAGUAUGAUAAUAAGAAAGGAGGAGGGAAACAAGGAAAAGAAGGUCAAUUUAUUAAAUUAUCGAAAAUUACAUCAAAUUUAAGACACGAAGAGUUUAUAAUGAAGUAUAAAAUUGAUUUGAAAGUGAAUAAUUCUUUAUCUUUGACAAAUCAAUUAAUUAAAUCAGAAUUCAAAUACAUUAUUGAGUUGUUAUUUGAUAAUGUUCAAUGUAUUAUAUACAAUGAUCAACCACUACCACCACAAACUCUAAAAGAUGACAAUAAUAUGGAUAUCGAUAACCAUGACAGUAAUACCCCCACCAGUGAAAAUAUUUUCAAGAUUAUUAAAUCUCCUGAACUACAACCAAUGAUAAAUCUUGAACAGUAUGAUCACCACCAACAAACAGAACAAGGAAUUGGUUUAGAUGAAUUUGAAAAAUAUGAAUUGUUGACAUUGUUUACUAAUUUCAAUUAUAAUCAAAAUAUUUUAAAAGAUCAGUAUUAUAAUGAUUUGCCGCAUUUUAAUAGUCAAAAUAAACAUGAAGAAGAUGACAAUACACUUUACGUUUGUUCAAAACAUAGUUUACUUAAUGUUCUGUCACAUCUUUUGACUUUGGAAACUAUUAAUGAUUGGCAGAUAAUUAGUUUCCAUUAUCGUAAUAAAUAUCAUUUGUUAAUUUAUAAAAAUCCAUCAAAUAAUAAUGAUGUCUAUGUCUACGAGGUUGAUAGAAGAAAUCAGUAA